AUGAGAGUUAAACCACUAAUAUGACAGGGAACUCAUGACACACACACACAUAUAUACACACUGAUACACACGCAUACAUAUAUACAUAAUUACAUACCUACACGCAUACAAUUCUACAUACAUAUAAUAAUAAUGCAGACUUCUAUAGCGCUUUUCUAAAUACACAAAGACGCUUAUAUAUCCAUCCAUUAUCAAUACCGCUUAUCCUCAUUAGGGUCGCGGGGGCGCUGGAGCCGAUCCCAGCUGACAUAGGGCGAAGGCAGGGGACAGGUCGCCAGUCCAUCGAGGGCUUAUAUAUAUAUAUAUAUAUGUAUAUACAUGCAUAUAUACAUAUAUACAUACAUGCAUACAGAUUUUACCUCUGCAUUUUACCCACCAAUUUUAAUGAAUUAAAUAUAUCAUCGCAUUGCAGUUGUUUAUCCUUGAUUUCAAUUGCAAGUCACAUAUAAUUGAAUAUAAAGAAAUAUCUUGGAAUUUGUAGGUAUUCUGGGUGAAAAAAAACAUGGGUUUUAAUAUUUAGUCUUCCAAAACAACUGACGAUAUAAAGAAGCGGAGUGAGCCCUCUCGCUUUGUAGAUACUCUCUGACCCGCCCAGAACCAAUCACAUCGCACGUUUACUUGUGCCGGAAGUAGACCAAUGUGAGCUAGCUUAGCUUAGCUUAGUCGGCUAGCGAACCGCGUUCUUCUCCUCCUGAAGACGGCGUCUCUCCUUUCUUACGACAUGGAUGUCUUUUCGCUGAGAAUGCUCUUGAGACGCGGGCGCUGCUGUUCGUGAGUUCAGUCCAGUGGCGGUGAAUUGUCCCACAUUAGAGGCGCGAGGCUCGCGUCACCGUCAGAGGAGAGCCGCUCGAGACGGACUGCCGAGCCGCUGCUGUCGGUGUUCCCGACAUAUUACUUUGUAAUACGCGAGUUAAAUAAUAAAUAAACCUCUUGAGUGGACUGUAGGUCAGUGUGACGUCACGUGGCUCGUGUUUGGUCAACAGGGAACUUAACUAGUUGUAUCGUCCAGCUUGAAUCCACAUGUAGCUCACUGCCUCCUCCAGAGCUGCCGAUGAGCACAGAUCCGCACCAGCACUCGUGACUUGACCCAAAGCGGGUUCACGAUGAAGACCAACAAGUCGUACAAGCUCGUGCUCCACAAGAAAGGGUUCGGUGGAAGUGAGGACGAGCUGCUGGUCAACCCCAAGGUGUUCCCCCAGGUCAGCCUCAGGGACAUCAUCGAGAUCGCCCACCCCACGGAUGAGUACAGUCCUCUCCUGCUGCAGGUGAAGAGCCUGAAAGAGGACCUGCAGAAAGAGACCAUCAGUGUGGACCAGACCGUCGCGCAGGCCUUCAAGCUGCGUGCCUACCAGGACGUCAUCGUUAGCGUGGUGGACCCAAAGGAUGUGACCCUGGACCUGGUGGAGCUGACCUUCAAGGACCAGUACAUCGGCAGAGGAGACAUGUGGAGGCUGAAGAAGAGUCUGGUGAGCACCUGUGCCUAUGUGACGCAAAAAGUGGAGUUUGCAGGAAUCAGGGCCCAGGCCAGCGAGCUGUGGGUGAAGGGGGAGAAGGUGACCUGUGGGUACAUCAGUGAAGACACCAGGGUGGUGUUCAGGUCCACAUCGGCGAUGGUCUACAUCUUCAUCCAGAUGAGCUGUGAGAUGUGGGACUUUGACAUCUACGGUGACCUCUACUUCGAGAAGGCGGUCAGCGGCUUCCUGUCGGACCUUUUCGCCAAGUGGAAGGAGAAGAACUGCAGCCACGAGGUGACGGUUGUACUUUUCUCCAGAACUUUCUACAACGCCACAACUGUGGAUGAGUUCCCCGAGGCUCUGAGAGGCUUCAUCAGACAGGACCACGAGGGACAUUUCUAUGAAGACUUCUACAGGGUCGUGGCCCAGAACGAGAGGCGUGAUGAGUGGACGUCUCUGCUGGUCACCAUCAAGAAGCUCUUCAUCCGGUACCCGGUCCUGGUGCGGCUGCAGGCAGCAGACGGGUUUCCUCCUGGUUACAACUCCACUGCUGCUCAGGGGAACUACCUGGAGGCCAUCAACCUGUCCUUCAACGUGUUCGACAAGCACUACAUCAACCGCAACUUCGACCGCACCGGCCAGAUGUCGGUGGUCAUCACUCCUGGAGUGGGCGUGUUCCAGGUGGACCGGCUGCUGAUGAUCCUCACCAAGCAGCGAAUGAUAGACAACGGUAUCGGGGUGGACCUGGUGUGCAUGGGGGAGCAGCCGCUGCACGCAGUCCCAUUAUUCAAGCUGCACAGCAGGACCACACCUGGAGACUCCCGGGUGGGGGACGACUACAACCUCCCUCACUGGAUCAACCACAGCUUCUACACCUCCAAGAGUCAGAACUCCUGCAGCUCCUUCACGCCAAGGAUCAAACUGGCCGGCCGCAAGCUCCAUGCCGAGAAGUUCCAGAGCAGCAAGGAGCACACUCUGUGUGCUCCAAAGGACUCUGAGAACAACCUCCCUAUCCAGGUGGAUUACGACGCCUACGAUGCUCAGGUGUUCAGGCUGCCUGGUCCUUCACGGGUCCAGAGGAGUUCCAACUUCAGGAUGAGUCGGGACAAAGAGGCGAGCGGCAGGAAGAGCUGGGGCUCGGUGGACGUGGGUGGAGGCGUCGGCGUGUCUCCUCCUGUCCGCUGUGCCGGUCCAGAGGAGCAGCGCAGCCUGGCCUCUGAGGACAGCCUGGGCCCCGUGUCCACCAUGCUGCUCAUACCCCGCAUGCCUCUGGUCCAGUAUGAAGUCAGCAGCUCUCUGGGCUACACCAGCACCAGAGAGUUGUUGGAGAAGAUGAUGGACUCUCAGCGGGACUCCAGCGCCCCGGGCAGGUUCACAGUGGGAAGCGCGGAGUCCACUCUGCACAUCCGCCCCGGAGGCUACACCCCUCAGAGAGCGCUCAUUAACCCCUUCACCCCCUCCAGGAUGCCCAUGAAGCUCACCUCCAACCGGCGGCGCUGGAUGCACACCUUCCCCGUCGGUCCGUCUGGAGAAGCCAUCCAGAUCCACCAUCAGACCCGACAGAACAUGGCCGAGCUGCAGGGCAGCCAGCAGAAAGAUCCCGCCCACACCUCGGCGGAGCUGCUGGAGCUGGCAUAUCACGAGGCCACCGGCAGGCGCUCAGCCUCCAGGCACACAGGAGACAGCAGCCUGUACGCCAGCGGAGGGACGGAGGAGGCGGGAACUCCAGGAAGCCACAGCGGGGGUCUCUCCGCGCUGCAGGACUCAUCUCUGAGUGUCGAUCCAAUGCCCAGCUUCUGCUGCACCGUGGGGGUGGACUGGAAGUCUCUGACCACGCCAGCCUGCCUGCCCCUCACCACCGACUACUUCCCAGAGCGCCCGGCACUGCAGAACGACUACACAGAGGGCUGCUACGACCUGCUGCCCCACAGCGAGAUGGAGAGGCGGGAGGACGAGGCCCCCGUGAUGACUGCGUCGCAGGUAUUUGAGGAGUUCAUCUGCCAGAGGCUGAUGCAGGGCUACCAGAUCAUCGUCCAGCCGAACAGGAAGCCGCCGCCCACGGUGGCCACGCCCCUCGGCAGCAGCCCUCUGUAUUCUAGAGGUCUGGUGUCUCUGCGCCGGGCGGAGGAGCAGGAGACGGUCUACUGGCUCAGCAUGGGCCGCACCUUCCACAAGGUCUGCCUCAAGGACAAGAUCAUCACGGUCACCCGCUACCUGCCCAAGUACCCCUAUGAGUCGGCUCAGACCCAGUACAGCUACAGCCUGUGUCCUCCUCACUCUGACGCUCACUUCGUGUCCUGCUGGGUGGAGUUUGGCCAUGAGAGGCUGGAGGAGUACAAGUGGAACUACCUGGACCAGUACAUCUGCUCCGCGGGCUCGGAGGACUUCAGCCUGAUCGACUCCCUGAAGUUCUGGAGGACUCGCUUCCUGCUGCUGCCGGCCGGCGGCGCCCGGCGGGUGGCGGACGGCGAGGGGCACUGGGACGUGUACGGGGAGGGGGCCGGGGGGGACGGGGUCCUGCUGGACGGCUUCAUCCGCUUCCUGGAGGGUCUGAACCGCAUCCGGCGCCGGCACCGCUCCGACAGGGUCAUCAGGGGGAAGGGCUCGGCCAUGAAGGGCUCCAGCCCUCUGCCCCCCCACCCCCCAGAGCCGCUGCUGCCCCCCCACGGCAAGAAGGGCACGUCGGCCCUCUCCGUCCUCCUGGAGAUGGACCCUAACCACAAGUGUCUGGAGGAGCAGCAGGUGAAGCCCUCAGCCUCCACGGAGCCCUCCGGCGUCUCCUCAGCUCUCACGUAUGUGGACAGCCCCCGCAAGGACGCCGCCUUCAUUUUGGAUUUUAUACGUAGCCCUCGCUCCUCCCACAUCCAUCACUCUCAGCUGCCGGCUGAAGCCAGCGAGGCUGCAGACAGAGCAGCUGCAGACAGGGCAGUGCAGCCAGCGGUGACGGCUGCAGGAGAGGCUGCAGCCAGCAGCUGCACCGCUGACACCAGUGGGCCGUCUGCAGUGGGAGGAGCCAUUGCUCUGUCCUCUUCCUCAACACUCACUGAGAUCCUGGAAGCCAUCAAACACCCCACGACAGGCGUCCAGCUGCUGCCCGAGCAGAAAGGCCUCCCACUCAACUGCUUCAUUAGCGUGGAGGUCGUUCAUUGGCUGGUCAACAAUGUGGAGGGCGUGGCCACACAGGGGAUGGCCGUAGACAUCAUGCAGAAGAUGCUGGAUGACGGCGUGGUGGCCCACGCUUCUGGAGAUGCCAUGCGCACCUUCGUCUACGGGUUCUACUUCUACAGGAUCGUGGGGGAGAAGGACGGCUCGACCCCCCAGCCUCCCCCCAUGGCGGCUGGAGUCUGGUCCCCUUCGGCCCUGGAGGACUUGGCUCUGUUCCAGAGGAAGUGGUUCGAGGUGGCCUUCGUGCUGGAGGAGUGACGACCCUGUGACCUGCCGGCCUUCCUCCUGCCCUGGCUGCCCAGCCGGCCGGCCUCCUACGCCAGCCGGCACAGCUCUUUCAGCCGCAGCUUUGGGGGCCGCAGCCAGGCCGCCGCCCUGCUAGCUGCCACCGUCCCGGAGCAGAAGACCGUGACUCUGGACGUGGACGUGAACAACCGCAGUGACCGGACCGAGUGGUGCAGCUGUUAUUACCACGGCAACUUCUCCCUCAACGCCGCCUUUGAGAUCAAGCUGCACUGGAUGGCCGUGACGGCUGCUGUGCUCUUUGAGAUGGUCCAAGGCUGGCACCGGAGGGCGGCGUCCUGCGGCUUCCUGCUGGUGCCGGUGCUGGAGGUUCCCUUUGCGCUGACGUCCUACCUGUACGGAGACCCGCUGAGAGCGCACCUGUUCAUCCCCCUGAGCGUCCACAGCCUGCUGAGGGGCGCCAGCGACAACCUGUUCGAAGGUUUUGAACCCGAGACCUACUGGGACCGGAUGCAGCUCUUCCAGGAAGCCAUACUCUACAGGUUCGGCUUCGUUCACGACAAGUUUUCUGCUUCUUCUUCCAACUUCCCCUCUGAGAACAAACCUCAGUUCAUCCACGUGACGGGCACCGUGUUCCUGCAGCUGCCGUACUCCAGGAGGAAGUUCUCCAGCGGGCAGCAGCGCAGACGCAGGAACUCGACGGCGUCCGGCAGCCAGGGCCCGUACGGCGCCGAGGAGCGGGCCGGCUUCUACUGGGCCUACAACACCAUGCUCACCAAGGCCUGGAGGACCGGCGUGCUGGGGGACGAGCGGCUGGCCGACCGGCUGCUGCGCGACUUCACCGACUUCUGCGCCAACAAGGACAACCGGCUGCUCGCCCUGUGGGACGGCUGCCAGGAGAAGAUGAACGCCAGCGCCCCCUGAUGGCCGUUAUUCACAAGGGUCCUUCGGGAGGAACAACACUGGCCCUUUAAUCAGGAGCAUAGGCCCCGCCCCCUGAACGCUGUUGGGGUCAUGACGUUGAAGAGCAGGUUUUUAUAGCCAAUAAUGGGAUCAACGGAUCAAAAGUAUUUAAUAAACCAUGAAUUCAAAAUACUCUAAAACAUCUAAUCUAAAUUUGUUUCUGACAUUAAAGUAACAUUAUGUAACAAUUGUACCUUAAAAUAACAGCUUGAAAAAAAUUGUGCCACUACAAUGACUUUUAAUAUGGCGAUUUGCGCCUCCGCCAUCGGGGGUCUGUGAGGAAAUAACUCCGCUAUGUAGGAUUCUGGAGCCGCCCGCUCCGGGGCGGAUGGACUUCGACCUGCUUUCUGGCAGUGAUUACGCAAUGUCAUAAAGUGCCACUCCACGCUCGCAGCUCCAGUAUAAGGGGAGCUUUUUUAUGUAGCUUGUUGGUGUUGUCAACAAUAUUGUAUUCGAUCACACGUACUCCACAUUCAAACAUUUAGAAAACAACGUAUAUAGGCUGAACACGCGAUCGGUAUUUCAUCUAAACUAAAUGUUGUCAUUCUUUUGGUUAUGUUGUUUCAUUCGCCCUGAGCAACUCAAUCAAGGGGAAAAGGUACAAUACGCUAAAAAAAAAAGGGAAUGGGCGGAUCUGCGAGUUCUGGUGUUAACUCUCUCUGCUCAAAUGGUCGUAAAAGAAAAACACAGUCGAUAUGCGGAAACCCAAAUGUUAUUAUAUUAAAUCAAAUUCAACACAUUCAACACAUACACUACAAACAAUCAAACCCACUCAAAACGAAGUAUAAUCCCCGGAUCCCGACAGUCCCAUAGUCUUUGCAGUCCCCCAAAACAAAAGUAAAUGACUGCACGCGCACACCCCCCCCCCCCCACCCUCCUCCCCCCAAAAGCCGGCAAACAGCUGACCGACCAGGCGGAAACGUGGCGAGGCGCCGCGGUCACUCCCCGCGCUACUUCACCCUAGUCCGGUCGGUGCUGGGCCAGUUCAGUGUUCCUGCGCAGUCUUCUAUUAGUGAUCCCGCCCGUUGGUAUGAAUCCAAAAUAGAAACAGUCGCCGGAUUGCUGCCGUUCUGAGUCCGCCGUCGGUCAGCGCGCUCCAAACAAAAAAAUCUCACGUCACCUCCCCCUCGUCACCUUUUAUAACCCGUGACACGUACAAAUAAUAACAAUAAUAAUAAUUAUAAUACAGGACAACACAUGAUCCCAACUCAAUACAAGUGUAUGCGAGGCUGCGUCUAUCGUAACUGGGUAUUUACGACACUGAAGUAAACGUUAAAUACCUAAAAACCUGAAGGGGGCGCUAAAAGGGAAAAACUACAUAAUGGGGCUUUAACAUCAUUCUUAACUGGAAUGUUAAGUUGUUAUUACAAUAACAGGAAUAAUUAACACAUAAUUAGUAUCAAUGGAGCAAAGUACACCAAUAGUACUAGAAGUGAUACCGGCAUUAACAAAGAUGAAAUACCUGAUGUGAAGCCCUCAGAAAUCGUCUCCUUGUCCAGGUCUGCCCAUGUCUUUUCAAUAUCAAUAUUGAGGUCUGUCGGUCAGUGUGCAGGUCUGGCCUCUUGACUGUCCCAACUGAGAAGCAACAUUGAGCAAGAGUUAUUGGAAAAGUAUGAAUCCUAUUAGACUACUUGAAUUCAGUGGCGUGCCGUGGGCCUGGGGCCUGGGCCUUCAGUGAGGUCCUACACAGUCCCACCCGAAUUAAUCCACCUCCUAUUACUAUCAUUAUGAUGCCAUGGCUCUAGACACUAUACAGUUAGACAGAGACGCAGUAUAACAAGGCGUUGCGUCACCUUGAAAUUGACAUUUUUAUUCAGGGAAUUGCAGGGGAAAAGUACAAUACAGUUCAACUAAUAGGCAAGAACAUAUUCGAGUGCAACAGAGUUAUAUUAAUAUUCUUCUUCUAUCCAUUUCUGGUCCACAAACUUUGAGCUUUAAGUCCAAUUUUUUUUCUCCAGUGUGUUCACUAAACAGCGCAUUGUCGCACCCAAAGCAGUUUCACCGUGAUGAUGAAAGUUCCUGUUUACCAAAACACAUGACACAAUAAUGAAUCUUUUCAAUAGUU